ACCGCCCGCGGUCGCUGGGGCAACGCGACGCGGAGCCGGGCGGCGGCGGCGGCCCUGGGCUUAUCACACCAUGUCCCAGAUCCUGUGUGAGUGGCUCAACCGGGACGUGAAGCUCUCCCGGCGCAUCGUUCCAGGAUCAUUUCCAGAAGAAUUUUGUACUGGCUACCUCCUAGGAGAACUUCUGCACAAGUAUGGUCUUCAGGAUGACUUUCAACAGUUUUCACAGAACAGAGGAACAGAUGCAAAAAUUAACAAUUUUUCACGCCUGGAACCCACUCUUCAGCUGCUUGGUGUGCAGUUUAAUGAGAAUAUGGCCCAAGACAUCAUGACAAGACAGCAUGGGGCUGCAACAAAUCUUUUAUAUGAAUUGUAUAUUGCUUUAGAAAAAAAGAGGAAGGCAAAGCUCACUGGCGUAGCUGUGGAAACAAUGAGACCUGCAGCAACUACAAAGCUUAAGUCUACUGAAAGUGGAAAUCAAGAGCAUUACAUAGGAAGGAGACAAAAUGAAAUAAUGGCCAGGAUUCAAACAGCUGUUACACAGACUGAAAAACAGCCAUCAAGACCCACCAUAAAAUCUUUUGAAGCCAAAAGAUUCUUAAAGAAGAAAAGGGAGGCAGAGAACACGUACAAGGAGAUAGAAAAUUUUGAGAAGUCUCUGACAGGAAAUGCCUCUGCAGUACACAGCCAUGCGACUGACAGUGAUAUUCAAGAAUUAUUACAAACACAGACAUUUCAAGAAACAAGUCGAGAAACUAUAUCAGAGACAAAAACUGAGCUAUUAAAUAUUUAUUCAGAUGAUGAAUAUAUAAGGAAAAUUCGAAAACGUGUAGAGGAAGAUAGAUUUGCUAGAGAACAACAAGCAAAGAGACGACGAAAAAUGCUGGUGGAUCAGUUGGCAGCACAUGAGGCUCAGGAGAAGGCUUACCGGGAGGAGCAGCUCAUUUACAGACUAAUGAAACAAUCCCAGCAGGAGCGGAGGAUUGCUGCUCAACUCAUGCAUGUUCGGCAUGAGAAAGAGGUGCUAAGGCAAAACAGAAUUUUCAGGGAAAAGCAAUAUGAAGAAAGACGUCAGAAGGAGUUCCAGGAAGCUCUUGACAGAGAAGCGGCUCUUGCAAAACAAGAAAUUAUUGAUAAUGAAGAACAAAUAACCAGAGAAAGAGAACACCAUAAGAAAAUUACUGCUGAAAGAGCUAAGAAACGCUAUAAAAAGCAUUAUUCUAUAUGCUGGGAAAUGAUAAGCCAAAUCAUUGAUAUGUCGACAAAAGUAGGAGAAUAUCGUCAACUGACAAACAACCGUGUUCCACUAAAACUGAUGCUGGAUUGGAAGGAACUUUUUUUAAAUGGAAAACCAAUAUAUGAACAAGCCUCAAUUCAACCUCUGCCAGAUGAACCUAGCCCAGAACAAAUUGUAGAGCUGAAUAAAAUGAGUCUGUUAGAUGAAAAAGAUUACGGUGAAUACAAGAGUAUGACAGGGGAAUGGAGCCCAGCUGAAGAGAACAGUGAAAAAAAACCUCUUAAUAAUAACGUAUUGGGUCAUGUGCUUCGUAGACUGAUGGAGAUGUUCUAUCCUCCAAAACCCAAAUCUUCACCUGAAUUUCCUUCAUUUCCUGUGAAGGGAUGUGUUUUGGGAAAAAUGUUUAGUGGAAAAACUACCUGUGCAAAGUUUAUUGAAAAAGUUUGCAAUAUUCAGGUACUAUCUAUUGGUACUCUGGUUCAGAAGGCCAUUGAAGCUUUUCUUAUAAAUGAAAUGAAAAGUGAACCCAGCAUGAUUUCACAGGAAUCAGAGAGUUCUGGAGAACAAAAUGAGGCACAGGAGAACUCACCAAAUUCUCCACCAAAUCUUCUAGAGGAGCUCCAAACAGAAACCACCACUGAACCUAUUUUAGACAAUUUUCCUGUUGAAAAAGAUCCAUCCCAGGAAGAAUUUGAACUGGAUAACAGUCAGGAUGACCUAUCUAAGUUGUCUGUACGUGCCCAACUUGGUGCUGCAUCACAGAAAUGGCUGAAGAACGGAAAAAGUGUUCCUGAUGAAUUACUAAUUGACAUCCUAUUGGAAGCCAUUACCCAAAUACCACCAGAGAAGGGGUGGAUUGUGGAAGGGUUUCCAAUGACAAUUAAUCAGGCAAAGCUAUUUGAAAAAUCCUAUACAGGAAUUGAUAUAGAAGCAAAAGAUCCAAUUUCCGAAAAACUGUCCCUUGCUGUAGAUCCCAGAGCCCAUAACGAGCCUCCUCCUACCUCACCUGCAUUUGAUGUUUCUAUAUUGUUGGAUAUUUCAGACAGUCUGGUACUGAAACGGGCAGCUAACGUGAAGUUAGAUAAAAGAAAGACAUCUCAGGCUGAACAGAGCAGCAGUCAAAAUUCAGAUGCUGAAAUCCUAGAAGAGAAUAUUGAUUUGGCUAGGGAGCAGGUGCUACAUAGAAUUUCAGGCUUUCUAAAGACAUGGCCAAAAUUAGAGAAGUGGUUUUCAGUCCAUCAAAACAUUCUAGUGAAAGUAAAUGCAGAGACAGAAGAAAGUCUUUUGUGCGAAACAGUGAAGGAAAUUAUAAUAGAAGAAAUUGUGAAAAAUCAGAAUAGAAGGUCUGCUGAAGAAACAGCAUCAGAAGAAGAAAAAGUUUUACCAGUUACAGAUGAAGAAGAAGUUUUACCUGUCACAGAUGAAGAAGAAAAAGUUUUACCAGUUGUAGAUCAGCCUCCUCCCUCUCCUGAGACACCACCACCACCGAUUGAACCAGGAUCAGAUGAAUGGAUUUAUGUAGAUGAACCACUUCCUCAGGAGAUAAUUGAUUUUUUAGUACCUUACUGGGAAAUGGUAGAAAAUACAUAUAUUAAUACAAUCAAAACUGUACUUAGAUGUCUAAGGGAUGAACAGUACACUAUAAUUCAUUACAUGGCAGAUAUUAGAAGAAAUUUUCAGGAUUAUUUGAAACGUCCACAUCUUAUGCAAGAGUUUGUCUCUCAGUGGCAAACAGAUUUUAAUUCAGUUGCUGAUGACCUGCGAGAUGACGAGGAAACAAAAGCUGAGCUACACCAAAGGGUUACUGACCUAAGAGAUCUUCUCUGGGAUGUCUGUGACAGCAGAAGACAAGAAGCAGAGCAGGAACGUAUUGGUAUCAUGAAUGAAGAGUGGUUACCAGAUCGUAGGGGGAUUGCAAUGAACCAUUUCUUUACGCUUAUGCAGGUUGAACUGGAUCGUUUCCAGGAUACAAGAAGACUCCUUCAUGACUAUUAUAGGGCAAUGGAAGGGAAAAUCCCAACAGAAGACACUCAAGAUUUUACUAGAAUCCCACUAUUAGAUAUUAUUAAUGGAGAGCAGAAGCAAGAUCAAGAUGAAUCAAGAAGGAUUCCUCUAGUUUCUUGGAAACUGCGUUCACCAGGUAAUACCAAGUCAGAAAGUGGAACUCAAAAGAAGAGUCUUAAGGAUAAGAAUUCUGAAAAUAGAGUGGCUCCUUGUAGGAAUGAUGAAAAUCUUAUUAUUGAUACAUGGCAAACAGCAGUAACUGCAGUAUCAAAUAUGGUAACAGCUGAAAUAGAGUUUCGAGAAAUGGAGGACGAAAAGGAACGUCAGCUAAAACAAAAAGCUUUGAAAGCUGCACAGAAACAACAAGGCAAAGUGACUGGGAAAGAUACCAAGGAUGCCAAAAAGGCAUCUUCCAAAUCAUCUACUAAAAAAAAAGGAGCAAAAGACACUCCAGCUCCUAUAGACCCUGAAGAAUUAAGGAAAGAAGAACUGGCAAUUAAAAUAAAUCAGGAAUAUUUGAGUGCCUUGAAACAUGAGGAGGCAGGCACAAAAUCUCGGCUAGAUCUUAUAAAAGAAAAAGCUUUAGCAUUUCUUGAGGAUCUAAAAUUUAAAGCAGAAGAGGCUUUUAAAGAUAUGGAAGAGUGUCUUGGAUCCACCUUCUUGGAGGAAAUAUCAAGUGUUGAAAAACUGGUAGAGGUUUCACGACAUCAUAUUGAGAGUUCGAGCAAAAUCCAAUAUGAAAUGACUUUAGAAGGAACAGAUUUCUUCAUCAAUAGUGAUGUAAAAGUGUUUCCUGACCCUGUUCCUGACCCUGCUCCUCCACCAGAAUUUCAAUGCCUAGAAACCUCUGGAAGUAGUACUCUAAGUAUUUCACAACUUACUACAUUUCAUAAGCAGUUUCUAGAGCUGGCACCUAAAGGUUUUAUACCAAAGAAAAUAUUUAUUGAAACUGUUAGUGGCUUGGUUAAUUUGAAUCUUGGAAUAAAUUGCUUUCCUGAUGCAUGGAAGAACUUAACACUUGCAGAUUUGGAAACUAUGGCAUCUGAAUUCACAGUGAACUCAGAACUUACUGACUGGCGCAGAUUCUUACUGGCAGCAGCACAGCCUUGGCCAGUGCCAUCUGUGACACAACUCCUCAAAACACUGCAUGUCUUCAAGUCUGUUGAUGUCACUGGAUCAGGCUUCAUUACACAGGAACACUAUAUACAGGUUGGCUUAUGGUUUAAUGGAAAUGAAGAUCUAAGCAUAACAGAAAGUUGCGAGGAACCUGUGUCUUUUGAAAGGCUAAAAGAGCUCAUAAAGUUUUUCUUCACUUUAUUUGCGGAUACCAAAAAAGACCCUGCUCUGCUGGACUAUAUUGAGAUGCUGCUUUAUUUCGCCUCCCACUCUGAUCCAGUUGAAGGUGUAUACAGAGCACUUAGCAUUGCUGCUGGAACACGUGUUCAGAGAAAAAAAGAAGCUUUCCUUCCAUGUGUGGAUUCUUCAAGCCCCAAUAUAUUGUUAAAUGAAAAGAUUUUAACGGAGGAUGAAAAAGAAGUCUUGAAUUACACAGGUGAAGGAAUGAUUUCAGUGGCAUCUCUACUCAAAGUGUUUCAUCCUGGAGGAAGUAAGGAUGAAGAUUAUCAUAGAUUUAGCUGUCUGGAGAAGGCAGAGAGCUAUGAUAAGCAUUUCAUCAGGAUAUACCAAGAAUUAGAUGCUGAAGAUCUGACACCCAUUGCAGUUGAACUCCUUUUGAAGCAUCCUUUCAUGGAAGAUCUGAUAAACACAUGCCAAGAAUAUAAACUUAUUGAUAUUAAAGUCUUUCUCCAGAGAUCCAAAGAAGCACAGUUAAUUGAUGGGGAACAAAACACAUGUGAAGACAUCAGUGUAUGAAAAAUUACUGUUCCUGAACAUUAAGAAAUCUUUUUUCUCAAAUUCUGUAAGAAAUGUGCCUUACAAGUCCAGUACUUUCUUCUAUGAAAAUAAUUUUUUGUUUAUUGUUGCGAGAGCAAAAUCCUAUUCCAGCUACACAUUUUCUGUUACUUUAAAUUUAAAAAAAAAAAAAAAAAAUCCAUCCAAACCACCAACAGGGAAAGUUAUGGUUUACUCAUCUUAAAUAGUCUGAGGAUAUUUCUAAAGGAAAUUAAACCUGUUUCUGAACUAAAAUAGAGAUGGUAGUGUCUUCAUUAAGAUUUGGUUAAAGAAAAGAAUAUGUACAAUUCUUCUAAAUGCACUAAGAUAUCUAUUCAGCUUUUGUUAUAUGUAGAGUUUAUUUAUUAAUUAUUUUAAUGAAUUAAAUGCUGUAAUCAGUUAAUCUUUUAAAACAUGUUGCAAAUUCUAGCUAAUAAAAUAAAUGAAAACAGUGUUUUCUCAGGAUAAAUUGGGCAUCAUGUUCAUGAAAACAGAGUGUUUAUUGACAGUAGCUAUGAUGAAUCUUUGCCACUGAACCUUUCUAUUUCUAACCUUGCAGUACAUCUCAACUCUACCACCUGCUAAAGACCUGCCUGCUAUCCUUUUUUUAUUGACACAUUGCUUUCAAGGGCAUCAUAUACUCCAGACACAUGGUGUAUUUUCCUAUUUGAUAGGUGCUUAUCUAAAAAUGUCUAUGGCACACCAUGAGACCUAGAGAAAGCUGACAUCUGUGGCAGAUUGUGCUGGUUUGAAAGCAAAACCAGUGAGACUCCAAGUCAGAAAUACAAUUUAAUAGAGCGAGAACAAACAACAAGAAAGGUAAAAAUAAGAUAAAUGCAAUAGUACAAAGGACCACUGACAGUGUCAGAAUGCAAACCUGACACCCUGUUGGUCAGGGUGUUGGAAGCAGCCCGAGAUAAGUCCUCCCAGAGUGACAGCUGUGGCUCUGUUGAAGCAGAGAUGAUCCUCAAGAAAGGGUUCAGUCGUCCUCUGGGAAUCCAGGGGAAACGACCUAUGUUGGUGUUUGGGAUUGCUGGGUUUAUCCCAGUGGAAAGGCUUUGGCUCCUCCCACUGGAUGGAGCAUCUCACACUGGAAUGAGGUGAUGUUAUCAGUCACGUGAGGGGCCUUCAAUGGCCCAUUCACAGGUGAUGUCCCUCAGAGGAGGAUGGGUGGAGGAAGAGAUAAGAAGGCCCUGCCUUAUCUGAUGUUAUCAGGUGUCCCAUUGACAGAGGGCAUCUCCCCUCUUUCCACUCCUAGAGUUACAAGAGAUAAAGAACAGUAUCUCCCAACCAACUUCAACAGAUGAAAAUAGAAUACACAUUUUUGGUUAAAUUUUUCAACCCAAGACACAGAUUAAGCAGUCUUGGUCAAACGCUCUCCUUACUUACAGCUGAAGUGGGUGUUUCUUUUUCUAUAUGAAGUCUGAGUCUUACUGGUUUUCCUGAAUAAUAGUAUCUUUGUGUUUAAAAUAAUUUUUAUCCAAUUUCUCCAUUCUCUUGUGUCUAGUAAUGGCUGACUAUAAGUUGAUAGGAACUAUUUUUUCAUGGACCUCUGUGACAUACAGUUUACAACACUCUUUCAGGGGUAUUCUGGUAUUCUUCUAAACUACAGUGUCAAGUUUUCUGAAGAGUAAAUACAGGAAAUUGGUAACUGUGAUUAUUUAAGCUCAGUAUAGUGUCUAAUUUUUAAUCUGUCAGCUGCCCAAGAUAUUAGCAAACCUUUAGCAUACUACACUGUCUCAGCAGCUUGUAACUGAACACCGCUCCUUCAUUCUGGAGUGUAUUUUUUCCAUAUUCAUCAUUACCCUCAUAAAAAUUGCAGAAAAUGUUUAAAGGUUCUUUUCCCUGUUUGAUUCAGCAAAGUAUUUGAACAUAUGAUGUGCUUUACGAAUAAAAAUAAUUCCAUAGGGAACCACAAACCUUUACCUUUUGGUGAGAAUGCUAUCUGCACAGAAUAUUUUUUUCAUUUUAAUCCAUCUUUAUUACUUUUUAGCCAAGUAUGCAUGAAAUAGUAUAGUACUCACAUAUGAUGAUGUUCCUUGUGGAGGUUUCUAGAUUGCCUUUUUGAGUUACAAAACAAUUCUGGAAAAUUGUUUCAAAUCAAAAAAGCAAUAGCAGCAUGUUAAGAAUGAAGAAGAAAGGUUAGACAACAACUAAGAGACCAGAUAAAUAAAUAUAUCUGGCAGUAAAUAUUUUUUCAGAUUUUUCGAACUUGAUGUCAAUAAUGGCAGGUUUAUUUUUUUGUUGAUUAAAAACAGUCAUAUUUUGAAAGGAAAGUCUAGAGCUAGCAGAUCAAAGCAUCUGUAUGUGAUACAUGAAUCUCAGAAUAGAACCCAGUCAGCUUAUCAGUUCAGGCAAAAAAUGUUCAUGUCUCUUCAGUCUACAUAUUUUGUGCUAACCACACCAGCACAUAAACAGAUGUAACUUUGUUGUACCCCCACAAACCAUGCUAAAACCUCAACAUCCUCAUUUUACAUGUGACAAGAGGCUUUAUGAUAUGCAUACAAAUUAUUCUUUCUACCAGAAUCAUUUCUUCACAUAACAUAUACAAUUUGGUCAGUUUCAUCCCCAGUAUUUUUUAAACAUAACAUGUAUAUAUUCACACUAGAUUUUGGCUUUUUACUUCAUAUUAAAAUAUUACAUGAAUAGAAAAGAAUUGCAAUUUAGUUCUCUGCCUUUUGCAUGUCUCUUAAUUUUUAAUUUUUUUGUUUUUGUUUUUGUUUUUUGUUCCACACUUAGUUUCUUAUUAAAAACCAGCUUUGAUUACUAAGUAUUUAAUUCUGACUUUGCAUACUGGAGAUCUAAAUGAGAAAAUAAAAAAGGUAUUCUUUUCAAAAAGCUUUCCCUACUAUUCAUAAACCUGAGUGAAGGAAGAAGCUACAGCUACUGGAAAUCAUAAAUUGCUAUUUAGUUAAGAUUCUUCAAGUAUUCCUCCUUUCUCAUACACUGUUCAUGUAUUUUACCUGUGACCCAGAAUGUCACAUAAAAUCAUUACUGAUAAUGAUCAGUAAAUCCACACUUUGAAAUUAAGUGCAGAUUGUAGAGCAGUGUAAAAUAGUAAAAAUUGAAGUAGGUUAAGUCAAGUGUCAAGCUUCAUGCAGUGAGCAUAUACCCCUCUGUGGGAAAGUAAAAGUAUAAUUUACAAAGCAAAGAACGCAUGCCCUGACAAUUGCAAUGUAUUUUUUCAGUAGUUACUACUUGAGUAUAGCUGAGUAUCACAAGAGUUAUUCAAGAGAUUUUGAGUUCCAGCCCAGCUGUGACCCAGACAUGAAAGAGGUCCUUGUCAUUAUGAAGGGGGAAUGCUGAGUAGUUUUGCAUUCAGAUGUAGCAGGAGAGUUACAGUUUUAUCAUGUUCAACUGCUAUAGCUACACUUCAAGCAGGAUAGUUGAAACUAGAAAGUAUUCAGCGAAUAAUGUCAAAGAUGGUAGGAAAUCAUGUUUUGUAUAAAAAGGCAUGAAGAACUUGGUCUCUUUACCAAAGGAAAAUGUAAUGGACUUUCAAAUAUCAUUUUUCCAAGAAUCCAUCUUCAUUCUGGUAGACACCAUCUAGAUUCAAUGGCUAGAACCCUUGGCUUCAAAAUAGCAAGCAGAUUUUUAAUGGGGAAGUCAAUGAACUGUAGAAGCAACUAGCUAAAUGAGAUAGUUUCCUCAUCAGAGAGUUGUAAAAUACAGAUAGGUAAUUCUUUUAGACACAGCUUGUGACAGGAACGAAAAGAAGAAAUAACUGCCCAUUUGGUAUUAGCAUACAGAGUUAAAAACUGAACCUGAAAGAAUAGUUUGGCUUCCAGUUAAUUGUAUGCAACAUACUGAAUCCUGUUUUCACAGCCUUUCAAUGUUUUAUUUACUCCUUAAUUCCGCUUUUGUCAGAUAUUCUCGUCUAUGCUGCAUAGAAAAUGCCUUGGAUGGUUUGCUGUAGAAGAGAUGCAACAAAGCUUAUAUUAUCAAUUGUCUGAUAAUAAUUAAAAUUACUUGUAUUCCAUCCUUGCAAAAAUCUUCUUUCAAAAAAUGCUACAAACCGAAAGGUGCUGUUGAAUUAGAUGUUUUCUAUAUUUUUAUUAAUUUGCAUAAAAUCUCUCAGUGUAUAUCAAUCUCAACAUUUCAUUCUGCACGGAAUUCAGGCUCCAUGUUAGUCCAUUUCAGAGCUAUAACACAUUCCUUUAUACAGGUAGAAUACCUCCAGAUUUGCUCCUUAGAAAGCAGAGUCUAGUACAGGAAGAUUCAAAAUUUUGCAAGUAACCAGAUCACUUUAAAAGAUGGUUAUGUUUGGGUUUGUUAUUUUGAUUUAAAAUGGCUGAGUGAUGUCACAUCAUUGCCAUAAUAGCAGGAAAAGUUCCUCAAUUUGCUCUGCGGUCCUUACCUCAAAAUUUCCACUGAGUAUGAGGUUCAGACAUGCUUUCUUUUUUCAUUCUUCAAAAGUAAAGCCAGCUGUUUGUUAAAAGCCUCUUAGCUCUGCUGAAAUUUCUAAGUGGGUGAAGACAGCUUAAGAGAAGCUCUCCAAACCGUCAAAAGAACAGUGAUAAAUACAAUCUGAAAAUGAAGCACACAAGACAAACUUCUUUGGAAUGUUGUAGUUACGAAAAAUUUCAGAAGUUGUAGUAUUGUUCACUUUCUCAGUAAAAAUUACCUGGGCUGAUACUGCUUGUAUUACCUUUAAUAGAUUCUAUAACAAAUAUGCUUAUUUGUAAGUAGAAAAACAAUUGAAUUAAAUUCCCAGUUUUACAAAAUAUCCUUGCCAGUGAAGAAUAAACUAUUUCCUUUAAAGUUUAUUUUAAAUAAAAUGUGUAAAGAAAAUUCUGUAGUUCAACAUUGCAUCAUAGAACAUCCCUGCAAACUCAAGAAGGAAGGUGCAAAAGGUUGCCCCUCUGGGAAGGAUAACCUCUCAUAAUGAUAAUUCAGCUCUGCUGAAAAGAACUUAGGGAUUUUGGUGGACAGCAAGUUGAGCAUAAGCCAGCAGUGUGCCCUGGCAGCAAGAACAGUCUUGGCAAAUGUUAAAAGGAACACAGCUUGCAGUAGAUGGAGAAAAGUCAUUACCCUCGAGCAAGUAGCACUCAUCAUGUUUACAGUGAUGACUACAGUUCUGAGCCUCCCAAUACUGGGAAGACAUCAACACUUAGAUUUAGGAUGCUUCUCACUUGCAUGCAAGACUUCACAUUCAAGACUUCUCAAAUUCUUGGCCUCAGGGGCAAUGCUUUGGACAUCCUUACACUUCAUAAUAGCAGAGUUUGUAAAGGCUUGACAAGCUUGUUACAUUAACAAAACAAAAGUGUCUGUACUUUGUAAAAACUUGUACUUAUCUUGCUCUGUGAAUGCUGUACCUGUUAAUUAAAAAGUAGCAGCAGUAAGUCAGGAAGAGUGUGCCCACACACAAUUAAUGGUUUAAAUUAGGCAAAACC